AUGGCUGCAGCGAGCAGCUCGUUUCAAGCUCGGAACUUCGAGUGGGUGGCACAGCUGCCUCCCCUCUGGGAGAACAACCGAUUCUUCCGACAGCGUAGCCUGAACGGCCAAGCUCUGUUGCGGAGUGUUUCGCAGCCCGGACAUGGAGACCGGGAAGUCGUGAUUGGCAACAUUGAGUGCUUCAAGAUGAAUAACGAAGUGUUGAAAAUCGUCCUCAAACUUAUGGGUGACAACGGAUGCAUUUUUGUGGCCAAAGUCUACCUGUUUCAAGCGGCUGCAUUGGAGUUUCACAGCAACUCUGGAUAUCCGGAGGCCGCCUCCUUGGGUGUGGUGGCUUAUUCGGACGGCUGGGGCUUGAAACGCAUGCUGAGCUUUUUGAAGCGCAAAUGGAUGAGGAAGCAGACACCCCGUGACAGAACCAUUCGUGCAUUGGUUGCUGAGUUCGAGCGGGCCUACAAGACUCUCCAGGGUGCUGUUGGUGAUAGCAUAGUCUGGGCUCUCAGAGCUCGAGGGGACGAUGAUGACAUCGAUGAUCCAGAUGGGGCCCUGGAUGUGGAAUCCGAUCAGUGCCGUGCCUCUGCACCGGCAGCUCCGACCGAGACUUUGGAAGAACCCCCCGUAGAGCCCGCAGCCGUAAGGGAGGAGCCAGCGGGCACGGCAGCAGAUGUCGUGCUUCCGGCCCCGGCCAACGACGUGCCGCAGGACACCCGGGAUGAGGAGAAGGCCAAUGAUGUUGCGCAGGAUCGGCCGUUGUCCAAGGAGGACUUGGAAGUGCAGCUCCGAAUCGCGGAGCUGAAGCUCGAGGCCAAGCGCUUGCAGCUGGGCGAUGUUUCACGGUCAAGUACGUAG